CCUCCCGAACUGCGGGAUGGCAGUUUCCCGCUGCAAAGAGAGACGGGACAAAGGCGAUUCCUCGACAAAUCCGGAGGCAGCUAGAGGAUGCAUUUGGCACGAGGAAGGACACGGCCACCACAAGCACCAGGAACUCACUUUGCACAUCUUUAAGUUGAGACAAAAUGCAGAUGUUGCUGUUGGUGUGGGCAUUGGCGCUGCUCGGACCAAAAGCAUCCCGAGGCGCGGAGUGUCCGUCAAGGUGCGACGUGAGCGCCUGCCCCAGCCCCAGCUGCCCGGAGGGCUACGUGCCGGACCGCUGCAACUGCUGCUUGGCGUGUGCUGCCGGCGAGGGCGAACCGUGCGGCGGCCAGGACGCCCCGGCCUGCGGGGACGGCCUGGAGUGCCGACGCCCGGACGUCGGGCUGCGGCUGCCGUCACGGGCUUUGUGCCGCUGCAAGCUCAGCCGGGAAGUGUGCGGCAGCGACGGGAAGACGUACGCCAACGCGUGCCAGCUGAGGGCUGCCGGCAGGAGGGCGCGGCAGUGGGGGCUUCAGCCCAUCAGCCAGGCCCCGCCUGGAGCCUGUCACAACGCAGGUACUCUCGCUACUGUCGGUACAUCAAACGCUGUCAGCCCUCGAUACAAAUUCAACUUCAUCGCAGACGUGGUGGAGAAGAUCGCCCCAGCAGUGGUUCACAUAGAACUGUUUCUCAGGCAUCCCCUCUUCGGGCGCAACAUCCCCCUGUCGAGCGGCUCGGGUUUCGUCAUUUCCCAGCACGGGCUGAUCGUCACCAACGCUCACGUGGUCUCCAGCAACUCGCCCGUGUCAGCUCGCCAGCACCUGAAGGUCCAGAUGCAGAAUGGCGACGUUUAUGAAGCAAGUAUCAGAGACAUCGACAAGAAGUCAGACAUUGCCACCAUCAAAAUUAACCCUAAGAGCGAGCUCCCCGUCCUGCUUCUGGGUCACAGCGCCGACUUGAGGCCGGGAGAGUUUGUGGUGGCCAUUGGCAGCCCCUUCGCCCUGCAGAACACGGUCACCACCGGCAUUGUCAGCACCGCCCAGAGGGACGGCAAAGAGCUGGGCCUCAGGGACUCGGACAUGGACUACGUCCAGACGGACGCUAUCAUCAACUUUGGCAAUUCCGGAGGGCCUCUGGUGAAUUUGGACGGCGAGGUGAUCGGCAUCAACACCCUGAAGGUCGCUGCGGGAAUCUCCUUCGCCAUCCCCUCAGACAGAAUCACUCGCUUUCUCAACGACUCCCUGGACAAGCACGGCAAAGGUGAGAUGUUAAACGUGCCUCCGCCCCCCCGUCCGUCUCCUUCGGAUGUCAGGCCGGUCAAGAAGCGCUUCAUCGGGAUCAGGAUGCUCACCAUCACGCCGGCGCUCAUUGAGGAAUUACGACAGCAGAGACCCGAAUUCCCCGACGUCCCCGGUGGCGGCAUCUACGUCCACGAGGUGGUUCCUCACUCCCCGGCGCAGAAAAGCGGAAUUAAAGAUGGCGACAUCAUUGUUAAGCUGAACGGUCGGGCGGUGGGGAGCACGGCUCAGCUGCAGAGGGCGCUACGGGAGGAAACGGCCCUCCUGCUGGAGGUCAGGAGGGACAACGACGACCUGCUCUUCAACAUUGAACCAGACGUCAUCAUGCAGUACACCACAGAGCAGCUUGGGGGCGAUCAAGGAACCUCUUACUAGCCCGGACAGCAUUGAGGAGAUAAACCAGCCCACUCAUCUUCAGCACCAGCUGCAAAAAAAGAAACAGAGACGCCAAGAGAAGCUAUGCUUAUAUUUGCAGCUCCUUCAGAUGGCCAUCAUCAUGUUUGAAAGUUGACAUGCUAACAAAAGGACGCCCCACCUCGUAAAAUGUAUAAAAUACACAUUGCUCGUUUAAAGUAUCCUGCUCUCGUAGAUGUUGGGCCGGUGUAGCAUGAUUUUUUUUUUUUUUUUUUUGAAGAGUCAAUAAAUCCAUGAGUCCUCAGUU